GCGACGCGGCGCGGCGGGAUGGAGCUGCCGGCGGCGCGGAGCGCGGUGCUGGCCGCCGUGAGGGGCACGCGCGCCGCGGACCUGCCCCGCCUGCUGCGCUGGAUGCGCACUACGAAUGACUUUGAUGACCUUGUGGUGAACAACAAUGAUGUCGUGCUCAAAAAUAUCGCUGAAGAUUUGCGAAAUCGCUUACCCUUUGAGGCAAUGUUUAAUUCGGAACACCUAGCUAUGCAGAAAAUACACCAGCAUCCACUGCCCAUGAUUCAUGUUGAUGCGUUCCUUUAUGAUGAUGAUUUUGUUGAUUCAUUGUGUGAGGAAGGGAAAAUGAGUAGGAACUACUGCACAGAGUGUGGCUCAUACAAGACUGCAUCUUUAGAGUUUAUUUCGCAUUCCUUUUCCCUCAUGGAACUGAAGUUUCUUUAUCAACAUGUACUGCCUGACCUGACAGGAAAGGUAGUGGUUGACGUUGGCUCCAGGCUUGGUGCAGUGCUAUUUGCGGUCAUUCUGAGAGGCAUCUCUAGCCUGACUGAACAAUAUAAGGGUUAUCUUUAUAGCUCAGCAUCCCAACUGUAUGGAGUAGAAAUGAAUGCAGACUUUUGCCAGUUGCAAGAAAUGACAAUUACAAAAUACCAGUUCAUUGACAGAAUAAAGGUGGUUCACGCAGACAUCUGUACUCAGGCUUCACUUCUUCAGAAGGCUGAUGUUGUUGUAAUGAAUAAUGUCUUUGAAUAUUUUCUUGACAGACUGGAACAGGCCAGAGCUUGGGAGUUUAUUGCUUGUAAUGUAAGGAAAAGAGGGUCAUUAUUAGUAACGGUUCCGAGCCUUGAAGAAUCUCUCUCAAAGCUCCAGACGGAUAUACAGCUCAGCCAGUGGGUAGAAGAGAUACAGCUAAACUAUGAUGUGUACAUGGAAAAGGAGGCUGACAAAGAAGCACUCGAACAAAUACAUUUAUACAAGAUUCUCUAGUACCUGCACAAAUUUACCAAUAUACAUGUAAAAUCGUACAUAUUUUGAGUCUAAAAAGAGCUCCAAUUGAUUUGUCUGAAUAAAUCAGGUGAAAACUC